AUGGUGGAAAACUAUGCCCAUUGUUGCAGACUUGUUGGUGGACUUAAUUUAUGCUUCUCGUUAGAUUUACAUGGGAGAUGGGAAUUUGCUUCUACAAGACAUAGAUCAUCAAAAAAUGAUUUGGUGGUUAAUAAAAGGGUAUCUUUUACUGCUGAAUUUUGUUCAACUAAUUAUGGGUGCGGUGACAAUCAACGCUAUGUUUGCAGCAACAGUAAGCCUAUUCCAUGUCGAUCCUCAAGCCCUUGUUGCUCUAGUUGCAAGGAACUCUUUGGUCUGCGACUUUUGAUGAUUUUGUCUCUGGAGGGUGCUCUGCGAAGUGUUCUUUGGGUUCAGUUCGUAUCAUUUGGUUAUAUGGAUUCGCGUGCGUCGGUUCUUGAACUCAAGCCUUUACUUGAGCAUUUGAAGUAUGUUUACUUGGGAGACAAUGAAACACUUCCAAUUAUCAUUUCAAGUAAUUUAACAAAGAUUCAAGAAGAAAGAUUAACUAGGGUUCUAAGGGUACACAAGAAAGCAAUUGGAUGGACAAUAGCUGACAUCAAAGGUAUAAGUCCAUCAGUGUGCAUGCACAGGAUUUUACUAGAAGAUGAUGCUAAACCAAGUAGAGAAGCUCAAAGGAGGUUGAACCCACAGAUGAUGGAGGUAAAAUCAGGAGUCACUGUGGUAGCAAAUCAAGAUAAUGAGCUUGUUCCAACAAGGAUUCAGAGUGGAUGGCGAAUGUGCAUAGACUACCGCAAGCUGAAUUCAACAACAAGGAAGGACCACUUCCCACUGCCAUUCAUUGAUCAUAUGCUUGAGGGGUUAGCAGGUAAGUCUUAUUUCUGCUUUCUUGAUGGCUUUUCUGGAUAUAAUCAAAUUGUGAUUGCACCAGAGGAUCAAGAGAAAACUACCUUCACUUGCCCUUUUGGAACUUUUGCUUUUAGAAGGAUGCCCUUCGGGCUUUGUAAUGCACCUGCCACAUUUCAGAGAUGCAUGAUGAGCAUAUUUUUAGAUUAUAUUAAUAAUUGCAUUGAGGUGUUCAUGGAUGACUUUACUGUGUAUGGUGAUUCAUUUGAUGCAUGUUUACAUCAUUUGACUUAUGUUCUUGAAAGAUGCAUUGAGAAAAAUCUUGUUUUGAAUUAUGAGAAGUGUCAUUUUAUGGUGGAACAGGGGAUUAUUUUGGGUCAUGUUGUCUUUAAUAGGAUUGAGGUGGAUAAGUCUAAAAUAGAUUUAAUUGUGAACUUACCCUACCCCACAACUGUGAGGGAAGUACACUCUUUUCUUGGUCAUGCAGAUUUCUAUCGUAGGUUCAUUAAGGACUUCUCUAAGAUAGCAUUGCCUUUGUCUAGACACUUGCAAAAAGAUUUUUCUUUUGAGUUUAGUGAUGAGUGCAAAGAGGCUUUUGACAAGUUGAAAUCUGCAUUGAUAUCACCCCCUAUUGUUUAGGCUCCUGAUUGGACUAUACCGUUUGAAAUUAUGUGUGAUGCGAGUAAUUAUGCAGUGGGACCAGUUUUAGGGCAGCGUGUUAGGAAGCUCUUUCAUGUGAUUUAUUAUGCAUCUAGAACACUCAAUUCAGCUCAGCGUAAUUGUUCUACGACCGAAAAAGAGUUUUUGGCUAUAGUUUUUACUUUAGAUAAACUUCGAUCAUAUUUGCUUGGUUUUAAAAUAAUUGUUUUUUAUCAUGCAGCGUUGAAAUAUCUCUUAGCAAAGAAGGAAGCAAAACCAAGGUUGAUUAGAUGGAUCCUUCUGAAGCAAGAAUUUGAUCUUCAAAUCAAAGAUAAGAAAGAAGCUGAGAACCUGGUAGCUGAUCAUUUGAGCAGGUUAGUGACACAAGAAGAGCCAGUUCCUUUGCAGGAACUUUUUCCUGAUGAGCAGUUAUUUAAAUUGCAAGGUAAGAUCUCUUGGUAUGCUGAUUUGGUGAAUUAU